AUGGCUUCCAACGGCGCUGUUGACCAGCUCGCUGCCGACCUUGGCAACGCCUCCCUCAACGGUGGCGAGAAGAGCGCUCCUGCCAUCAACACCAACGUCGAGGCUGGCAACUUCCAGGGCGACGAUGCCGAUGCCUCGGCUCCCACCCCCAGCUCGGCCGCCCCCAACCCCCAGGCCUCUGCCUCCCUCUAUGUUGGCGAGCUCGACCCCUCCGUCACCGAGGCUAUGCUCUUCGAGCUCUUCUCCCAGAUCGGUUCGGUCGCGUCCAUCCGUGUCUGCCGUGAUGCCGUUACUCGCCGCUCUCUCGGCUACGCCUACGUCAACUACAACACCACCGCUGACGGCGAGAAGGCUCUCGAGGAGCUCAACUACACUCUGAUCAAGGGUCGCCCCUGCCGCAUCAUGUGGUCCCAGCGUGACCCUGCCCUGCGAAAGACUGGCCAGGGCAACGUCUUCAUCAAGAACCUCGAUGUCGCCAUCGACAACAAGGCUCUCCACGACACCUUUGCCGCUUUCGGUAACAUCCUCAGCUGCAAGGUUGCCCAGGACGAGGCUGGAAACUCCAAGGGCUACGGUUUCGUCCACUACGAGACCGAUGAGGCUGCCGCCCAGGCCAUCAAGCAUGUUAACGGCAUGUUGCUGAACGAGAAGAAGGUCUACGUCGGCCACCACAUCCCCAAGAAGGACCGCCAGUCCAAGUUCGAGGAGAUGAAGGCCAACUUCACCAACGUCUACGUCAAGAACAUCAACCCCGAGGCCACCGACGACGAGUUCCGCGACCUGUUCGAGAAGUACGGCGAUGUUACUUCGUCGUCGCUUGCCCGCGACCAGGAGACCGGCAAGAGCCGUGGCUUCGGCUUUGUUAACUUCACCACCCACGAGGCCGCCGCCAAGGCCGUCGACGAGCUCAACGGCAAGGACUUCCGCGGCCAGGACCUCUAUGUCGGCCGUGCCCAGAAGAAGCACGAGCGCGAGGAGGAGCUGCGCAAGUCGUACGAGGCCGCUCGCCUUGAGAAGGCUAACAAGUACCAAGGUGUCAACCUCUACAUCAAGAACCUCGAUGACGACGUUGAUGACGACAAGCUGCGCCAGAUGUUCUCCGAGUUCGGCCCCAUCACCUCCGCCAAGGUCAUGCGCGACUCUUUCUCCGAGGAGGACGCCGCCAAGGAGGACGAGAAGAAGGAGAACAAGGAGGGCGAGUCCAAGGACGAGCCCAAGGAGCCCAAGGAGGCGACCGAGGAGUCUGAGGACAAGAAGUCGGACGACAAGGACAAGAAGAGCGGCGACAAGAAGCUCGGCAAGAGCAAGGGCUUCGGCUUCGUCUGCUUCAGCAACCCCGACGACGCCACCAAGGCCGUCGCCGAGAUGAACCAGCGCAUGGUCAACGGCAAGCCCCUCUACGUGGCUCUGGCCCAGCGCAAGGAUGUCCGCAAGAGCCAGCUUGAGGCUAGUAUCCAAGCUCGCAACCAGCUCCGCAUGCAGCAGGCCGCUGCCGCCAUCCCUCAGCAGUUCAUGCAACCCCCUGUCUUCUACGCCGCCGGCCAGCAGCCCGGAUUCGGCAUGCCUCCCGCUGGACGCGGCAUGCCCUUCCCCCAGCCCGGCAUGGGUAUGCCCGGCGCCCAGGGCGGUCGUCCCGGUCAGUUCCCCGGUGGUUUCGCCGGACAGCAGGGUGGCCGCGGUGCCAUGGCUGGCCAGCAGAUGCCUCCCAUGUACGGCAUGCCUGGCCAGUUCCCUCCUGGUGUCCCCUUCCCCCAGCCCAACAACCCCCAGUACCUCGCUGCCAUGCAGCAGCUGCAGCAGGCUGCCAUUCCCGGCGGUCGCGGUGGCCGUGGCCCCAUGCAGUCGAUGCCCGGCAACAUGGGCCCCGGCAUGCAGGGCUUCCCUCCCAACGCUCGACAGGGCCAGGGCCGCGGCGCUGGCGGUCGCAACCAGAACUUCCCCGCUGGUGCUCAGGCUGGCCGUGGCGCUGCUGAGGGCGCUUCUUCUGCUCUGUCGGCUCAGCUGCAGAGCGCUCCUCCUGCUCAGCAGAAGCAGCUUCUCGGCGAGGCCAUCUUCCCCAAGAUCUCGGCCAUCCAGCCUUCUCUCGCCGGCAAGAUCACCGGUAUGCUGCUCGAGAUGGACAACACCGAGCUUCUUGCCCUGAUCGACAACGAUGACGCCUUGAAGGCCAAGGUCGACGAGGCUAUGGGCGUUUACCAGGAGUACGUCAAGGCCCAGGGCGGUGAGGGUGCCGAGGGUGCCGAGGCCCCCAAGGAGGAGGCCAAGGCCGAGGAGAAGGCAUAA